GACUUACCUCUACUCUGCAGUGCAGUCUGGGAGCUGUCAAUCGUAUCGCAUUGUACCUUUGCCAAAAGAUCUGUCCUGCUCACCACUGUUUAUGUUUACUCACAGUGGUAAUAAGUGAUGAGAAUUGCAAAUAUGUAGUCUUGGACACAGUAACGUCUUGUUUUUUAUUCCGUAUGUAAAAAAACACUCUUGAAUUGGCUUCUGACAUCGCAGCCGGGGCCCUGUAUCUCCAUCAUUUAACAACCUGCUACCAGCGUUAGCCUGUUUGCUUGUCUUUUCACUGAUGUUGUCAGCUGUUUUUGGUCAAGAAACAUGGGUCAUUAACAGUCAUCGGCCAAUAAACAACAACGGUGUGAUGCGUCUAUGUGUGCUGAGUGUUUAACAUCACCCAAAAACACUAAGGAGGAUGAAUGCAGAGGAGGUGGAGCUGCUCAGUGACUCCAAAUACAGGAAUUAUGUUGCCGCUGUGGACAAAGCCCUCAAGAACUUUGAGUAUUCCAGUGAAUGGGCUGAUCUUAUCUCAGCUCUGGGAAAACUCAACAAGGUUUUACAGAACAAUGCUAAAUACCAAGUGGUGCCCAAGAAGCUGACAAUAGGCAAACGGCUGGCCCAAUGCCUCCACCCUGCCCUUCCGAGUGGGGUCCACCGCAAAGCCUUGGAAACCUAUGAGAUCAUUUUCAAAAUAAUUGGUUCCAAGAGGCUAGCAAAAGAUCUCUUCCUCUACAGCGCUGGACUCUUCCCUUUACUGUCCAAUGCUGCUAUGUCUGUAAAACCUGUGCUUCUCGGACUCUAUGAGACCUAUUAUCUGCCCUUGGGAAAGACUUUAAAACCAGGCCUACAGGGAUUGCUGACUGGUGUACUUCCUGGUCUAGAGGAGGGAUCUGAGUACUAUGACAGAACAAACACUUUGUUAGAAAAAGUGGCUGGUGCUGUGGAGCAGUCGGCCUUCUACAGUGCCUUGUGGGGCAGUAUACUGACCAGCCCCGCAGUGCGUCUGCCUGGGGUCUCCUUUGUCCUGCUUCAUCUCAACCGCAAGCUCUCAAUGGAAGACCAGCUUUAUGUCAUGGGAAAUGAUAUUGAACUGAUGGUGGAAGCAGUCAGUACCUCUGUCCAGGACUCAAGUGUGCUCGUCCAAAGAAGCACCCUGGACCUGAUACUCUUCUGCUUUCCCUUCCAUAUGAGUCAGGCAACCCGCCCAGACAUGAUCCGGAUCCUGUCAGCAGCUUUGCAUGUGGUUUUGAGAAGAGACAUGUCCCUGAACCGCAGACUCUACGCCUGGCUGCUGGGCUUUGACAACAAUGGGGUGAUGGUAGGCCCUCGCAGUACACGGCAGAGCAAUCCAGAAGAGCACGCUAGCCAUUACUUCAAUGCCUACUCUAAAGAUAUGUUGGUGCAGGCAAUGGUGGGAAUAUUGCAGGGCAAAGCCAGAGGUGGUGAAGAGGAAAGCAUUCUUAUGCAUGACCUUAAGCCAUUUCGCAUCCUCAUCAGCCUCCUGGAUAAACCAGAGCUUGGUCCAGCAAUCCUUGAAGAUGUUUUAAUUGAGGUAUUUCGUACUUUACAUACACAGUGUCAAACAGAGUUGGAUCUCCAAAGUCAAAGUCCAUUUAGCAAAGAUCACACACACCUCAGCAGUAAACUACGUGAAAAUAAAAAAACGGCAGAGCUAAUAAAAACAGCCAAUUUGCUGUUCAAUUCAUUUGAGCCCUACUACAUGUGGGACUACAUCUCCCGCUGGUUUGAGGAGUGUUGCAGAAGGACAGUGACCAGUGGAGCUCAGGGCCCUCGACACGCCGGGGCCAUAGACUGUCCAGAACUCUCUCUGGUGGAGUUUUGUCAGCUCGUCGAUUUUCUUCUGGAUAUUGUUUCAUUGGAAACAUACAUAGAGAUCCAGACAGAGCAUCUCCCUCAGCUGCUGCUGCGGAUGGUGGCUGCUCUCACUGUUCACCUCCAAGCUCUGGGCCUUGGAGAACUCACCCACUGCCUUCGCCUCUGUUCAAAAAUUCUCAGUAAAGUGCAGCCCCCCCUGGUCUCACCUCUAGUGUUACCCCUGGGCCCUCAGGCACCAGGCAUUUCAAACCCUACUACUGCUCCAUCACAUUCAGCAUCAGACAGGCCCAAAGACAAGGAGGAGAGACAGACUCCUCCUUCAACCUUAGAGCUACCCAUAAGUGGAGAAGUAUUUGAGGAGGGUGAGAAUCGUCCCAGCGCGCGCUCCCCUGAGAUUGGCUUUACAGACUUUGUGCAGUACCAGGGCGAUGGAGAGGAAGCCAACAGGACCCCUAAUGCCACCCCAACUCUCAAAACUGGCCGACGCUCGUCAGGCCUGUCUCAGUCCAAACCUCUGGACAAACCUAUUAUGCAGUGCUGCCUGGAGCACUUCCAGCUGUUCCUCUCACGCCUCAUCACACUGUAUGUUGUCCCUAGUCAAGAGAGAGUGGAGGCCCAGCACAUGGCAACCCUGGUGGUGGAAGGCUCUGUGUCCAGGGUUCAACAAACAGAACUAUUUGAAUCAGAGUUGGCCCAAAAAGAAAUUGUUGCUGCAUUUACUGCAGCCUGUCAGCUCUUCCUGGAGUGCUCUAGUUUUCCUGUCUAUAUUGCAGAAGGCAACCUGAAACCCUCAGCAUCACAAGAUGAGCAACUUAACAAUGAGCACGUAAGCCUCCCCAUCUGGCUCCAGAACCUGAUGGAUGCCUGUUGCUUGGCCACAGACUUCUGCUUUCAGGGUGUAGCCAUCUCAUUGCUCAUGGAUCUGGUGGGGCUCACACAGUCGGUUGCCAUGGUGGCAGCUGAAAGUGUGGCAUCAGGAGGCAACUCUGAGUCAACCCAACCCAUGAGCCCCAGCCAGGGACGAGUGGCUGUGGUCAUCAGACCUCCACUCACUCAGGGAAUCCUCAAGUACAUUGCAGAUAAGACCAACUUCUUUAAAAGUGUGGCUUUGAUUCUGUGGGAGCAGCUAAGUGAAGUAACACCUCAGCACCAUCAACGCAGUGUUGAACUUUUCUAUCAACUCCACAACCUUGUCCCAUCCUCCAGUAUCUGCGAGGACGUUAUUAGCAAGCAGCUCAUGCACCGGGAUAAGAGAAUACGACUUGAGGCACAUGUGAAGUUUUCCAUUCUCUGGCACUUGACAAGAGACUUGAACAUGACCAAGUCAUCUCCUUUUAAUCGCACUUUUGAUAGGUCACUCUUCAUUAUGUUGGACAGUCUAUGCUAUUGGGACCCUUGUACCAGUGCCGUGGGUCGAGCUUGGCUGAAUCAAGUCCUUCAGCGCCAUGAUAUUGCCCGAGUUUUAGAGCCACUUUUGCUUCUUCUGCUUCACCCAAAGACCCACAGAGUAUCCAUUCAGAGAGUGCAAGCCCAGCGCUACUGGGCUAGAGUAUUUCCAGCACCCUCUGAACAAGACACUCUUGAUACCUUUUACAACAGAGACUCUGGCUUCUCAGAAAAUGUGAGUCAACUUAAUGGGGGAAGAAUGACACAAGAGGAGCUGCAAUGUUUGGCAUUAAAUGAUAUGGAGCCGUUUUGCCUUACAGUUAACCCUUUGAGUGACAGUCUGUCUUUGUUGAGUCUGAGCAGUGAGAAUUUGCAACUGGCUUGCGAAUACCAACCCAGUGACCAUCAGGGGGAGCCACAAAGCUCUGAGUCGAGUGCCUCACAGUCAUCUACAGUGGAGAACGGCAGUUUUGAAGACCCUGAAGGGGCAAAUAUCACUACAUCAGAGCAGCAGACUGGCUCAUCCGAUUACAUGUCAGACGAUUCAAUUGAAAUGGCAGUGUCCGGCGUUGUGCAAGAGCUAAUUGAAAGAGUUUUAAAUUUAGUAGAUGAGGGAGAAGGAUCAAAUGUGAAUGAAAACUGGCCACAGACUGAUACAGACAGUACUUCUUCAGAUACCUCCACUGGGGUCCAACUUGACCAAGGCCCCCCUCUUGGAUCUAAUCAUCAAACCUUACCUGAAAUGUUAGCUGAAGGCACACUGGAGUUUCUCUCAGUCCCACCAGCUGCAGUAACUACAGAAGACCAGCACAAAGAGGGAAUAACUCGCCACAGCUCUUCCCCUUCAAUUGUAACUUUACCUGAUAGCUUAGAUCCAGCCACUCCUGACCACAGUUUGCACGUGGAUGACCCUCAAACACGCAAACGUAGCCAUAGUAGCACCCAGCUCAGUUUAAAAGGCAAGAUUAUGGAAAAACUAGCCGAUAAAUCUCCUGGCGCUAAACCCAAGAUCAAAAAGUCAAAAAGGAAGGAAGAAGAGAGGCAGAAGAAAGCUGCCAAUCAAAAUGACAAGCUGAGACCUCCAAAUAUUUUCUUUGGGGACAGUCUGGAUUUGGAAAACUGGUACAGCUGCGGAGAAGGAGAGGUGUCAGAGAUUGAGAGUGACAUGGGCUCUCCAAUUGGAGGGUCGGUUGGGCCUGUGGGUGGUGGCACUGUCCCAGGGCGUAGAGCAUCCUCUGCACCACCUCGCUUCAAUAUCCAUCCUCUAUACCAGCACGUUCUGCUAUAUUUACAACUAUACGACUCCUCUCGCACACUCCACGCGUUGUCAGCUGUUGCUGCAAUGUUAAGAGCAGCUCCUUCAGGGUUUGUAAGCGCAAUCUCCACAACUAGCAUCAACAACACCUACACACCACAACUCUCUCUGCUCCAGAAUCUCCUCGCACGUCAUAGAGUAUCAGUAAUGGGCAAAGACUUUUACUGUCCCAUCCCACAAGACUCUCACUCCCAUUCAUUUCGUAGUGCAAUGUAUUUGGAAAUCAUCAUAUCAUUGUGUCUUUAUUUUUUGAGAAGUUAUUAUUCUGCACAUGUGGCUGUUGGUUCGCAGGACUUGGCUGGAAACAGAGCCAUGCAGCUUACCAGUGUUGAGGUUUUGACCCUGCUUUUCAAUGAGCUUGCUAAAGCCACUGGAGGAUCUGCUAAGGGCUUUGCCAGUUUUAUCAGCGAUGUUCUUUCCAAGUGCAAGGUUCAAAAGGUGGUGCUUCAUUGUUUGCUGUCCACAAUAUUCAGUGCACAGAAAUGGCAUGAGCAGAGAGUUGCUGGAGUCAACGUGGCAACAGUGGAAGAAGGCUUGUCAGAAGACAGCAUUAUAAAUCUUUCCGAGGACCAGAUAGAUAGUUGCAGUGCUGUCCAGUCUCAACUGUUAAGAUUAUUGCAGAGUCUGGUUGUCCUUGAGCAUAGGGUGAUGGUGCCAGCUGAGGAGGGGGGAGAAGGAGGUCCUGUGGGGGGAGGGGCAGGGGGAUCUGGCCCGGGCACUGGUUCUGGGGCAGGUUUUGAAAUUCUUGGUGGAGAAGUGGAGCAUGUCAACCCUCAGCAGCCAAUGACAUCGCUGCAGUACCUUCCUGGGCAGCCUAUCACAGCACAGGGUUUGUUUCUGUGCGCGGUCAUCAGGGCGCUCCAUCAGCAUCACUCCUGUAAGAUGCACCCCCAGUGGAUCGGGCUUAUCACAGCCACCCUGCCAUACAUGGGGCGUGUUCUGAGAAGGGUGGUGGCUUCUGUCACUCUACAACUGUGUAGGAACCUAGACAACUUACUGCAGCAGUACCGCUAUGAGACUGGAAUCAGUGAUAGCAGGCCCUCUUGGAUGGCUCUAUGUAUUCCUCCUGAUCUUAUUCUAACUGUACUGGAAGGAGUGACUGCCAUAAUUCACUACUGCCUUCUGGACCCCACUUCCCAAUACCACCAGUUACAAGUGAGUGUAGACCAGAAGCACUUGGCUGAGGCCCGUUCAGGAAUCCUGUCCAUCCUCCACACCAUCAUGUCAUCAGUCACUCUGCUGUGGAGCCUACUUCACCAGGCAGACAGCUCAGAUAAACCAGCUGCUGCUUCUGCGUGCUCAACUUCCAACAUCAAUCUGGGCUCCACUAAGAACCUUCGUCAACAGAUCCUUGAACUGCUGGGUCCGAUUUCCAUGAACCAUGGAGCCCACUUCAUGGCAGCAAUAGCCUAUGUUUGGAACGAACGCAAACAAGUCAAGGCUCCUGUGAGAAAUAAGGUUAUCCCUAUAGCAAGUGAAGAACAGCUGCUCCUGGUUGAGUUGGUUCGUUCUGUGAGUGCCAUGAGGACUGAAACUGUCAUGCAAACAGUCAAAGAGGUUUUGAAACAGCCUCCUGCUAUUGCAAAAGACAAGAAACACCUUUCUUUGGAGGUCUGCAUGUUGCAGUUUUUCUAUGCUUAUGUCCAGAGGAUUCCAAUUUCCAGCCUUGUAGACAGCUGGCCCUCUUUGCUGGCUCUGCUCAAGGAUUCUGUACAGUUGGGCCUGCCUGCCCCAGGACAGUUCCUCAUUCUGGGAGUUUUGAAUGAGUUCAUAUUGAAGAACCCCAAUCUUGAAAGCAAAAAGGACCAACGGGAGCUGCAGGAUGUGACACAUAAAAUAGUAGAAGCAAUUGGGACUGUUGCUGGUUCCUCUCUUGAGCAAACCACCUGGCUGAGAAGAAAUCUGGAGGUGAAGCCAUCUCCUCAGAUUGUUGUGGAUGGAGCCAACUUAGAGACGGAUGUAGAAGAUUUAAUGCUGACAGUGAUGGAGGCUUCCAGCUUCACUCCAUCAGUGUACAGUGUUCAUGCCCUCACUUUGUUGGCUGAGGUAUUGGCUCAUUUAUUGGACAUGGUUUUCUACAGUGAUGAGAAGGAAAGGGUAAUCCCACUGCUGGUUAAUAUUAUGCACUACGUAGUACCCUACCUCCGAAACCACAGUGCUCACAAUGCCCCCAGCUAUAGGGCUUGCAUCCAGCUGUUGAGCAGCCUCAGUGGGUAUCAGUACACCCGUCGGGCCUGGAAGAAGGAGGCUUUUGACCUUUUCAUGGACCAUACCUUCUUCCAGAUGGAUUCCUCCUGUGUCAGUCAUUGGAGAGCUAUUAUUGACCACUUGAUGACACAUGACAAGACAACAUUUAGAGAUCUCAUGACUCGUGUAGCUGUGGCUCAGAGCAGCUCCUUGAGUUUGUUCACAAACCGAGAUGCUGAACUGGAACAAAGAGCCAUGCUGCUCAAGCGUUUGGCCUUUACCAUCUACAGCAGUGAAGUGGACCAGUAUCAAAAAUAUCUACCAGAUAUCCAAGAGCGUCUGGUGGAGAGCCUGCGUCUUCCUCAGGUACCAAUCCUUCAUGCUCAGGUGUUUUUGUUCUUCAGAGUGCUUCUACUGCGCAUGUCCCCUCAACACCUCACCUCUCUCUGGCCAACAAUGAUCACUGAACUGGUUCAGGUCUUUCUUUUGAUGGAACAAGAGCUAACUGCAGAUGAAGAUAUAUCAAGGACUUCUGGGCCUUCUGUGGCUGGACUGGAGACCACUUACUCUGGAGGAAAUGGUUUCUCCACAUCCUACAACAGCCAGCGCUGGCUUAAUCUUUAUCUGUCUGCAUGCAAGCUCCUGGACCUAGCUCUGACUCUUCCUCCUGAGAGCCUCCCACAGUUUCAGAUGUAUCGCUGGGCUUUUAUCCCAGAGGCUUCAGAUGAUUCAGGUUUGGAAGGAAGACGCCAAGGGACUCACCAGAGAGAGUUCAAACCUUAUGUCGUUCGGUUGGCUAAACUUUUGAGAAAGAGAGCCAAGAAAAACCCAGAGGAGGACUCCUCCACUCGCACCUUGUCCUGGGAGCCUGGUCAUCUAAUGCUGACCCUUUAUGUCAUCCGGAGUCUCGAACAGCUACUGCCCUUCUUCAACCUGCUCAGUCAAGUUUUCAACAGCAAAUGCAGCAGCAGAUCAGGCCCUGCCUACAGUCACAACCCCACGGACGCCUCAUUCCCAGGAAACAAGGAGGGACAUAAGCUGGAGAGCCAGAAAGUCUUUUGGAGCAGAGCUAGACAGAACAUUGAGGAGAUGGUGGAGAAAGACUUCCUUGAGGGCCUUAUCAAAACGUAAAAUUAAAUAUACAGAUCAACACUAGUGACAAACCUCAACUUGUACAUGAAAAAUAAGGGAUUAUCAAGGGGAAAUAGUUUGUACAUGUUUUGUAUUUAUUAUAAUUUACUUUUCAAAGCCAUUGUAUUUAAUUUUAAUUAUUUGUAAAUAUGGGGCAGAGCUUUGAAGACUUUUAACAUGUUUCAUGUACAUCCUUCAGGACAAUGUAAAGAUGCUGUGCCAUCCCAUAUUGAUGUGACUUAAUAAAAAUUUCUACGAAGGGUUA